AUGGAGGGAAGCAGAUCAGAAACUUCGGCAGCUGAAGGGAGUGAGGAGAUAGUUUAUACUUCUGUCAAAUUCUCUCAGACUCCUCGGCGGAGAGCAAAGGCUGGACUGGAAGGGAGAGCUCCCUGUCUGUGGCCAGCAGUUGUGCUGGGCUUGGCUAUAAGCUUUGGGAUACUGAGCAUCUCCCUAGCAACUGCUUUGAUUUGGAAGAUGAGUGACUCCCACCCACGCUGCCCUGAGCAGUGGAUAGCCUACAGAGGGAGCUGCUACUCCUUCUCCAAGGAGAAGAAGGACUGGAAUUCCAGCCGGGAAUCCUGCAGGGCACAGGGAGCUCAUCUCCUGGUGAUCAGCGAUACCGGCGAAAUGGACCUGUUCAAGAGUAUUCAAACAGAAUGUUUCUGGAUUGGACUGAGGAACAGCACAGACUCUGGCUGGAUUUGGGAAGAUGGCUCUGUAUUCACUGGCACCAA